AUGCUGUCGUCGGCGCAUCAUGAAGGCGGCUUGCCUGCGAAUGUGUUGGAGUGCAGUGUAGAGACUCCGCGAGGGUCGAUGCGAGGCUUGCCGGAGGGGUCGCCUAUGUGGGCAAAGAACCACUUGCAGGAGACGGGGAACGUCAAUAUAAUCGAGGAUGAGCUCAUCAAGGGCCAGCUUCUGAAAGCGCCUUCACGUUCCAAGUCGUUCAAGUCGGCUGACCGGAAGACGUCUGAAGAGGAGCGUUUGUACAUGAUGCGGGAGGGAAUCAAACUCGAUUUAGACUCCAAGCAAGACGCGAGUUACGUGAGCCAUUUUGCCAACGGGCUCGGCACUCCGCCUGGCUGCGGCUCUGCCGUGGACACCCCCACCAGUGGCGCGUUACCUGACCCGCUUUCCCGAUCGGUCUCUUAUCCCAACGGCUCCAGUCUCAAGGUCUCCAAUCCCAGGGAGUCUUACCCCAGGGUCUCUUGUCCCAAGGGCUCCAGUCUCAAGGGAUGCAAUCCCAGGGCCUCCUACCCCAGGGUGUCUUGUCCCAAGGGCUCCAGUCUCAAGGUCUCCAAUCCCAGGGCCUCCUACCCCAGGGUGUCUUGUCCCAAGGGCUCCAGUCUCAAGGGAUACAAUCCCAGGGUCUGCUACCCCAGGGUCUCUUGUCCCAAGGGCUCCAGUCCCAAGGCCACCAAUCCCAGGGCCUCCAGCUCCAGGGUCUUUCGUCCCAAGGUUUCCUGUCUCAGGGUCUCCCGUCUCAAGGUCUGGGCCGCCAGUCUCAAGGUCUCCAGUCUCAAGGUCUCCAGUCUUUGA